CACGAAAGUACAGUCGGUUUUCGGGAGCAGGGCAGGACGAGUAAACAUCAUUCCCACCUGAAGAGCUCAGAGGAGCUCUGCUGCAUCAUUUUACAGGUGUGUCCUAGUAGUCGGAAUCUGAAGGUACCAAAACCGUUUGAACGAAUUUCUGACAGAGCACGAGUACACAUUUUUCUUCUUGUUUGCUGUCUCAGAGCCAGUUAUUCAUCCACAGACAGUGAGAGGGCAAACGCUGAAGGAGAAGAUAAGAGUUGGCCCACCGGCGCAGAUCAGGACUCAAGAGGAGGCAGGAGUUUAUAAGGUGCUUUUGUGCAGCCAAACGUAAAGUUGACGUCAGCAAAAAUGCUGGAGACUGUGAAAGACAGAGUACUGGAGGCCUAUGACAGCCUCUUAACAGCCAGAGACCCACGGUUGAAGGAUUACCCUUUAAUGGAAAGUCCAUUCAGUAUGACUGCUAUUCUUCUCGCUUAUCUUUUCUUUGUACUGUACGCCGGCCCUAAGUUUAUGGCCAACCGUAAACCCUUCCAGCUGAAAGAAGCCAUGAUAAUCUACAACCUGUCCUUGGUCGGCCUGUCCGCGUAUAUCGUAUAUGAGUUCUUGAUGUCUGGGUGGGCGACGGGAUACACGUGGAGAUGCGACCCAUGCGAUUAUUCUAACAGCCCUCAAGGACUCAGAAUGACAAGAGUCGCUUGGUUAUUCCUGUUUUCAAAGUUCAUUGAGCUUAUGGACACGGUGUUUUUUGUGUUGCGCAAGAAACACAGUCAGAUCACGUUCCUGCACAUCUUCCACCAUUCCUUCAUGCCCUGGACAUGGUGGUGGGGUGUGAGUAUUGUGCCAGGUGGAAUGGGCUCCUUUCAUGCCAUGGUCAACUCUUGUGUCCAUGUGAUCAUGUACUUUUACUACGGUCUUUCUGCUGCCGGCCCUCGCUUCCAGAAGUUCCUGUGGUGGAAGAAGUAUAUGACUGCAAUUCAGCUGACUCAGUUCGUGUUGGUGUCUCUUCACGUGUCUCAGUGGUACUUCAUGGAAAGCUGUGACUUCCAGGUUCCCAUAAUCAUCCACCUCAUCUGGCUCUACGGAACCUUCUUCUUCGUGCUGUUCUCCAACUUCUGGUACCAGGCGUACGUGAAGGGCAAGAGGCUCCCGAAAAACACCCAGCAGAACGCCAAGGCCAAUGGAUCCACCAUAGUCACCAACGGCUCUUCAGAAGUUUCAAACGGCCACAGCGUCCAUGAAAACAGCCUGAGCAAUGGAAGGAAACACCACGAGAACGGAAACGCUCUCAACGGCAAGAUGAAGAAAGCCUGAGAGCUCAGAAAGAGAAGACCCAAAACGGAUGACCAGGAAAACCUGCACUAAGCACUAUAUGGAGUCCAAAGAGUGUUUUGGGACACUUCUUUUUUUUUUGCUAAAUCUUCAUUUUUUUAUGAUAAGUACAAGGGGAUAUGAAUCCUUGUUUGGAUAUUUUUUUUUGUUGUCAUAAAUUAAUCUAAAGAAUAAUUAUUGAGCAUAAUGUAUGAAGAGGAAAAAGAGUACUGACCGGAUGAGUCCUCUGCUGAUGUUGCUCGACGUUCAUCUAAACAGAUUGAAUUUAAAGAUGGGCACAAACACACACACAAGUAUAUAUGUGUGUCUUUCAUACUCCCCCAAUAGCAGACACUGUACAGUCAACAUCAGUAAACUUGAAUUACACAUGUAAAUAGUUUUACCUUACAAACUAACGCGAUAGAGAAAAAAAAAAACGUCACUCGAAUAAAAUCCCCAAAAAUAAAUCCCAUUUUAAAAUACAGUUAUCUGUUUAUUCCAUGUAAGUUAUGCUGUUUGAUGGCACAUUGUAGUUCCCUUCUUCAAUAAAAUCAAUGGCCUACUAUUCGGCCUGACAUUUCAACAUGUUCUUUUGGCAUCUCUCCGAUGUAAAUGGCUGAAUUAUUAAAAUACUUUUUGAAUAACA